AUGUAUGCUUUCCUUUAUUUCUACAAUUUUGUUUUUAAUAUAGUCACUCCUUCUCCUUUCUCAUCUUUUUUUGUUAUCACUAUCAAUUCUGUUUUAUUCUAUAACAAUAUAUAUAUAAUAUAUAUAUAUAUUGUCAUUAUAAAUUAUUAUUCCAAAAGGCAGUGCGAACGGAAUAGCCACUUCUUAUUCUCUUUAUCUUGCCACGUCCUGAAGACAUCACAAAUAACGAGGAAAGCGAUUAUUUUUGCACAUUUUACAGCGAUAUUCCACUACCUUAUACGACUAUAAGGUCUAUUUAUUUUGGCAAUACUCUCUCAUUUCUUUUCAAAGCUUGUUUUCACCACAUAUUUUAGUAAACAUAUAUUCUUACAUAGUAUACAUUUUACAUUUGUCUCUUUUUUCGUUUUAUUUGAUCCUUUUACUUUUAUUUAAUUUUAGCUCCUUUUUACCUCGAUAUUAAAUAUACACUGGUAAGGAUAAUUCUCAUAUAUACCAAUUUUCAUCUAAUUUCUUAAAAUUUCUAGAAAGCAACUAACGCCAAAUCUUAGGCAGCACUUAUUCCCUAUUUGUUGUCAUCUCAUAAUUAUGAGCUAUUCGUUCUUGGCGUGGAUAGCUUAGCCUCCGGUUUUCUAAGCAUUCUCUAUAAAAUGCAUAACGACCAUUAAUAAGAACGAAAAAAUACUAAAAGCUAGAAGGACAAAUAUUUUUCUAUUAAUUCGAAUCAGUUCUGAGGAAUUUUUUUGAUAUAAAAAAUAUUUACGUGUAUACAUAAGCAUAUCUUUAUUGAUAAAUAAUAAUACCUUAUAUAUGUUCUUUUACCCUAUAAUACCAACUUUUACAUUCCUUUAUUGAUUAAUAUUUUUUCUUAGAUGAAUUUGAGCCCGAAUUAUAUAAUAGACAAAUAAGAUGUGUCCUUUGUAUAAUAUCGAUUCAUCUGUUUGAUCUUAUUUUCUUGAUAAAUUGAAGUAUAUACUUUUUUUGAGUUCUAUUUUGCGUGACAUGUGGGUGCCGAAAGGUUCUUACCGUGUUUCUUUUUUAUUAUUAUUAACUUUAUCAUUUAAUAUAAUUUUAUGUUUCAAAGUUAAUUGUUACUAUGCCGUUUAAUAUA